CUGCUCACAGGACGAAGCACAUUGCGGAGCUGAUGCCGUAGCGCAGCUUGGUUGCCUGAGACAGAAGCUUCAGCAAUUGCUGGAAUAACUGGAGGGGAAAUAUGAAACCUUAGCCGUUCACCCGGCAGGCAAGAGAGUUUCAAGAUGGCAGCUCAGCGCAUCCGAGCUGCCAACUCCAGCGGCCUCCCACGGUGCAAGUCCGAGGGGACCUUGAUUGACCUGAGUGAAGGGUUUUCAGAAACAAGCUUUAAUGAUGUCAAAGUGCCUUCUCCCAGCGCCUUGCUAGUAGACAAUCCCACGCCCUUUGGAAAUGCAAAGGAAGUGAUCGCAAUCAAGGACUACUGCCCAAACAACUUCACCACCCUCAAGUUCUCCAAGGGCGACCACCUCUACGUCCUGGAUACGUCAGGCGGGGAGUGGUGGUACGCACACAACACCACGGAGAUGGGCUACAUCCCUUCCUCUUACGUGCAGCCCUUAAACUACCGGAACUCCACCUUAAGUGACAGCGGGAUGAUCGACAAUCUUCCAGACAGCCCGGACGAAGCAGCCAAGGAGUUAGAUUUGCUCGGAGGAUGGACAGACGACAGGAGGGAGUCGAGCAAAACCUACAGUAAUAAUCCUUUCUGGAACGGUGUCCAAACAAACCCGUUUCUCAAUGGGAAUGUGCCAGCGAUGCCCAGCGUGGACCUACCGACUCCCCAAAGCACCGUGGACUUGCUCCUCUUCGACACGGGCACAUCUUCGUUCACCGAGUCCAGCUCAGCCACGACCAACAUCUUCGACGAGCUGCCGGCCACCAGCCGCCUUCACGCGGAGCCGACGGUCAGGCGGGACAACCCUUUCUUCCGGAGCAAGCGUUCCUACAGCCUCUCGGAACUCUCCGUCCUCCAAGCCAAGUCCGACACUCCCGCAUCCUCGGGGUUUUUCACGGGCUUGAAAUCGCCGGCCCCCGAGCAGUUCCAAAGCCGGGAGGACUUCCGGGCUGCCUGGCUGAGCCACCGGAAGCUGGCCCGGUCUUGCCACGACCUGGACUUGCUGGGCCAAAGUCCCGGCUGGGGCCAGACGCAAGCGGUGGAGACGAACAUCGUGUGCAAGCUGGAGAGUUCGGGGGGCGCCGUGCAGCUUCCCGACACCAGCAUUAGCAUCCACGUGCCCGAAGGCCACGUGGCUCCAGGGGAGACGCAGCAGAUCUCCAUGAAGGCCCUGCUGGACCCCCCGCUGGAGCUCAACAGCGACAGGUGCAGCUGCAUCAGCCCGGUGCUGGAGGUGAAGCUGAGCACCCUGGAGGUGAAAACCCACAUCAUCUUGGAGAUGAAGGUUUCAGCUGAGGUGAAAAGUGACAUUUUCAGCAAAAGCACAGUGGGCCUCCAGUGCCUGAGGAGCGACUCAAAGGAGGGGCCCUAUGUCCCCAUCCCACACACCUACAGCUAUGGGGACACGGUCCAGGUCCAGCUGGACAACCUGGAGCCCUGUAUGUACCUGGCCAUUGUUGCCCACGGCCCGAACAUUCUCUACCCUUCCACGGUCUGGGACUUCAUCAAUAAGAAAGUCACCGUGGGUCUUUAUGGCCCCAAACACAUCCACCCAUCCUUCAAGACGGUGGUGACCAUUUUCGGGCAUGAUUGUGCCCCCAAGACCCUACUGGUCAGCGAGGUCACCCGCCAGGCCCCUAGCCCGGCCCCAGUGGCACUGCAGCUCUGGGGCAAGCACCAGUUCGUCUUGUCCAGGCCCCAGGAUCUCCGAGUCUGCAUGUUUUCCAACAUGACCAACUACGAGGUCAAAGCCAGCGAGCAGGCCAAGGCCGUGCGAGGCUUCCAGGUGAAGCUGGGCAAGGUGAGCCGCCUCAUCUUCUCCGUCAGCUGCCACAACGCCAGCGAGCUCUCCGACUUCACCUUGCGGGUCCAGGUGAAAGACGACCAGGAGGCCAUCCUGACCCAGUUUUGCGUCCAGACCCCACAGCCACCCCCGAAAAGUGCCGUCAAGCCAUCCGGGCAGAGACGGUUCCUCAAGAAGAACGAGGUCGGGAAGAUCAUCCUGUCCCCGUUUGCUGCCACCACCAAGUACCCGACUUUUCAGGACCGCCCUGUGUCCAGCCUCAAGUUCGGCAAGUUACUCAAGACGGUGGUGCGGCAGAGCAAGAACCACUACCUGCUGGAGUACAAGAAGGGGGACGCCAUCGCCCUGCUCAGCGAGGAGAAAAUCCGGCUGAAGGGGCAGCUGUGGACCAAGGAGUGGUACAUCGGCUACCACCAGGGCAGGGUCGGCCUCGUGCACGCCAAGAACGUGCUGGUGGUGGGCAAGGCGCGGCCCAGCCUCCUCUCCGGGCCCGAGCUGAGCACGUCGCUGCUGCUGGAACAGAUCCUGCGCCCGUGCAAGUUCCUCACCUACAUCUACGCCUCCGUCCGCACGCUGCUCAUGGAGAACAUCAGCAGCUGGCGCUCCUUCGCUGACGCCCUGGGCUACGGGGACCUGCCGCUCAACUUCUUCUGCCGGGCCGAGCUGGACAGCGAGCCCGAGCGGGUGGCGUCCGUCCUGGAGAAGCUGAAGGAGGACUGCAACAGCACGGAGAACAGAGACCGGAAGUCCUUCCAGAAGGAGCUCAUGAUGGCCUUACUGAAGAUGGACUGCCAGGGCCUGGUGGUCAGACUCAUCCAGGACUUCGUGCUUCUGACCACGGCGGUCGAGGUGGCCCAGCGCUGGAGGGAGCUGGCCGAGAAGCUCGCCAAGGUGUCCAAGCAGCAGAUGGACGCAUACGAGUCUCCUCACCGGGACAGGAAUGGGGUUGUGGACAGCGAGGCCAUGUGGAAGCCUGCGUACGACUUUCUACUCACCUGGAGCCACCAGGUCGGGGACAGCUACCGAGAUGUCAUCCAGGAGCUGCACACCGGCCUGGAUAAGAUGAAAAACCCCAUCACCAAGCGCUGGAAACACCUCACAGGGACCCUGAUCAUGGUCAACUCCCUGGACAUCCUGCGAGCGGCCGCUUUCAGUCCCGUGGACCACGACGACCUCGUGAUUUGAACGGGUCUGUGACCUCUUGACGCCCUCCCGGAGGGCUGCUCCAGGGUGCGCGCCCUCUGUCUGCCCCGAAUGCCCAGGCGGGCACGUAGAGCUGGGGAGGGAGGGAAGGUCAGCUCAGACAGACCCAGGGUCCCUCCUGGCUGGAUCCACACCCGGGACCGAGCACACGCGAUGUUCCAUCCGCCUCCUCUGUCAUGGGGGAGACCUGGAGGGAAUUUCUACUGCAGGUUGUUGCCAAUCAAAUAGCUUUCUAUUUGUUAAGUAUAAAUUUAAAUUUAAAUAACUUUUUUUUAAAGUAUGG